AUGAUUUGUGGAAAGUAUUAUUAGAUAUAGUAAAUAGAUAGUUUUGGAGAAACGGUAUAAGGAUUUUUAAUAAAUAUUAAAGAUUCAAGAAUUUGAAAGAUGAGUUAAAAAAAAAAUUGAUUAAAAUAAUAAAAAAGUAUUGAUUAUUUCGUAAUUGAUUAUAGGUUGAUAAAUUCUGACAGGUUAUGA